CUAAAAGACAUGCUUAAGCGGAGAAAAUAUUGAAAAAGAAAAUUCUAUUUGCUGGCAAAUGAACGACGAAUAUAUUUUCGAAAAUCGAACCCUUGUCGAAAAUCGUGAAACAUUGUGAAACAUUGUGAAACAUUGUGAAACUAAGACAGGAAAAUAGAAAAUAUUCGAAAAAUGGCAACUGGAGAGGCUGGAAGUAGUGGAGGAAGCGUUCUCCAUGGAAUUGGCGGUACAAUUGAGGACAAGAACAACGAUUUCCUGUGUCCUAUUUGUUUUGAGUUGAUAGACGAGGCGCAUAUUACGCGCUGCGGACAUACUUUUUGCUAUAGGUGUAUUACCAAGUCGCUUGAGGUUAACGGCAGGUGUCCGAAGUGCAGUGAUAUUCUAGGUCAGCAGGACAUAUUCCCGAAUUUUCUUCUCAAUGAAUUGGUCUCCAAAUACAAGACUCGUAUCAAGGGAGUCGCGGAACUGAAUUUCUCGGAAGGAAAGAAAGGUAUUGAGAUCGCCCCUCCGAAUGAUGGUCUUCGGGACUUUGUCGCCACGGAGAGUGCGAAUCUAACCCUUCCGGAUGUGAACGUAAUGCUCGAGGUGCUUAUACAAAGGAAGCAGUUGCUAGAGGCGGAGUCGUGCGCCGCGCAGAAUAAGCUUCUGCACGAGUUCCUGCAGAAUGUUCUUCAGCAGAAGGAGGAGCGGGAUCGACAGUUGCACAACGAGAUUACGCUCAUCAAAAAGGACAUGGAAAUUGUCGAGAGUAUUCUCAGAGACGUGCAGAUGAACUGUCCGCGGGUGGAGAGUUUGAAGGCUUCUGGUGCGAAUGACUCGGAGCAAAUAUCCGAUAUCAGGAAGGAGAUGAUUAAUAUGAUAAAUAAUAUUGAUUCGAAUAUGGUGAAGAGCGAUGGCGAGACGCUUAGUUCGUCCCUAGCGAUCCGGAGGAAGAGGAUGCAUGCGCAUUUUGACGACUUUGUGCAAUGCUACUUUGACACUAGGGCCAAGGAGCAUUUGUUCAACCCAAGGACUCAGAGUCAAGAUCCUCUGUCGCAGACGAGUUCUGGACUCGACAUAUUUAGGGAGAAUUUGGUAAAGUUCUCGAGGUACAAUUCCCUAAGACCUUUGGCGACUCUGAAUUACUCCUGGGAGAUCUUUAACAAUCCGACCAUUGUCUCGAGUAUCGAGUUCGAUAAGGACAACGAAUUCUUCGCGAUUGCGGGCGUGACGAAACGGAUAAAGAUCUUCGACUAUGGGGCCGUGAUCCGCGACACUGUCGACAUCCACUACCCCUGUGUUCAGAUGGUCUCGGACUCGAAGAUUUCGUGCAUCUCCUGGAACUCGUACCACAAGAACAAAUUAGUCUCGUCCGACUACGAGGGGAUCGUGGCCGUUUGGGACACGGAGGCGGGACAGAAGACGAAGGUCUUCCACGAGCACGAGAAGCGCUGCUGGUCCGUGGACUUCAACAACAUGGACAGUCGGCUGAUCGCCUCUGGCUCGGACGACGCGCGGGUCAAGCUCUGGUCCCUGAACAUGGACUACUCGUUCGCCUCCCUGGACGCUAAGGCCAACGUCUGUUGCGUCAAGUUCAACCCACAGAGUUCGCACCAUUUGGCGUUCGGCUCCGCGGAUCAUUGUGUGCACUACUACGACUUGAGGAACAUGAAGGAGGCGCUCUGCGUUUUCAAGGGACAUCGAAAGGCUGUUUCCUACGUCAAGUUCCUGAACAAGGAGGAAAUCGUGUCGGCGAGCACCGACUCCCAGCUAAAGAUGUGGAACAUCAACAAUCCCCAUUAUCUGCGAUCGUUCGUCGGACACGUGAACGAGAAGAACUUUGUCGGCCUCGCGACCGAUGGGGACUACAUUGUCAGCGGUUCGGAGAACAAUGCCGUCUACGUCUACUACAAAAGACUGUCCAAGCAGCUUUUGUCCUACAAAUUCGGACCGGCGAGAAGUCUCUUGGAAUUCCAGGAGAGGAGGGAGGAGGAUCUCAAUGAAUUCGUCUCGGCAGUUUGCUGGCGACAGAAUUCCAAUGUCAUUGUCGCUGCCAAUUCGCAGGGAUUGAUUAAAAUUUUGGAACUUGUCUAAAAGAGAAGAUGGAAAUGGGAAACGAUUUAGAGAAUUUUUAGGCAUUAUUUCCAAGUUCUUCUUUUCGUUUCUUACAAAGUACGCUUGUACUGGAACUUUGUGCUUUAAAGACGCAAUGAAUUUGAAGCCAAUUAGUAAGGCCUUAAUUAUUAAAAAUUUAAAGCCUCAUUUAACGAAAGCAGGCUUCGCACUCAACUACUAAAACCUACUAUUAACUAUUUAUUACUUUUUCUUUACGAUUAGCUACUAUUUAGACAAUUUUUUUUAAAUUUCUGACACUGACAACUACUUUUUUCUUUCUCUCAAAAUUUCCACUACUUUAAAAUCGCUAAUAGCUGAAAUAAAAAAAAUAUUUUCAUAAAAUUCUUAUCAACAAUUAAAGAUAUUGAUAUAAGAUUCUUUCAAACAAUUCAAUUCUUUUCAAAAAAAUUUCGAAAUUCAUUUUCAUA